UACUGUCCGCCCCGCCCUGCGCCGCCCCGCGGGUGCCCCCCGCCACACCGACGGGCCCGAGGCGACCCGGUCAGGGCUUGCUGGACGUGUGGUCAGUCCGAGCUCGACCACCGCGACGGAGUCACCGGCCACACCUCGAGCGGGUAGCCGAACACUGGCUUGUGUCCACCAGAGGAAUUGACGCAGUCACUCGUUUUCACUACGAGCACCAACCACCUUUGCAGAUUGCGGCCUGGUUCUCAAGUCAAGAUGACUUCCUCCAACCUGGUACUAACUGUGGCAGCGAUGUGCACCUUACUCUCGGCACUCUCCGGAGUCGUCCUGGCGGCCCCAACACCCUCUUCCGAGCGCUCUUUGACCCCCUCAACGGCGUCGUCGUCUUGGACGGGAGACGCCCCGCGGACGGUCGCCGAUGACGAGGCCCUGCUCUCCGCGCACCGGCGCCGCCGCCACCGGCGGAGCAGCCUCGGCGGCAGACACCACGGCGACGUGGACGCCCUGCGGAGGCUCCUGUUCGGCCUGAGGCCGCUCCAGGACCACGACGUCGACUUCGGCGGCCUUGAGGUUCGCGACCUGUUCCGCGGCGGCGAUGGCGGCGUGGCGGCGCUCACCCGAGACGUGGUGCUGCUGCCGCUCACCGGCUACGACGAUGAGCCGGAUGACGGUGCCGACGACGGCGUCCUGAGCGCCAUCGUGACGGCCCCCAGGAGGACCCGGUGCCCGCCCGGAGAGCGGUACUACGAGCGACGCUGCAGGAAGGUCUGGCGGUAAAAGGCAAGCGUGUCACGGUUACAACUGCGAGUCCAGCGCCGGGUGCAGCCCGUGGCAGCUGAUAUGUUACUACUAGUCAUUUUACCGCCGGAGCGCGGGUCGCCAGUGUUUUGUGUUUUAGAGUGUGAGCUGUGUCUUUGUUACUUAAUACAAAUCGAGGGGGUAUUCACUUGUACAGAGCACUCGGCACUACAACGAAUUACGUGGUAUUACCGGGUAUUACGCCGAUAUUACUCGUAAAAUUUUGCUAUUGUAUAGCACAUUUUUUUUAUUUUUCGUUAUUACAUUACAAGUAAUGCAGCGUGAAUACCCAGGUGGGGUGUACAGGGUAUGACGGGAGUGAAUACCCGCUCAAUACAAAUUAGUUGGGGGUUGGGGGGCAAUUUCGUGGUGAGUAUGAUCGUGGGGUUCGUUCGUCAAUGUGAUCUUAUGUGAUUUCGGUACUGAAUUUACGAAAGCUCGUCCUGGUGACGGGCAACUGUUUAAUUAAUUGAAACAAUUUUGUACCACCCGGUGACUUUUCUGUGCCUUCAGAUAAUGUCUUAUUCCUUACUCUCUAAGUAUCGACUGAUAUUCUCAGUAGUUUAAGUAAUUGAUCAAAUUAAUGUAAGUAGUUUUAUUAUCUCCCUCUUAACGUAAACUUAUUUAUUAGCUCCUCUGGGACGACGUAUUUAUAUUUAUUUCGAUUGUAUGCAUUCAGAUCAAAUAAAUUGGAUC